AUGUACAGCCAACUCACCACUCCUCCAAGUUCUAUCGCAACUAGCAAAAGCCCUGAUAACAGUCCUAACUCUUCCAGAUGGCUCAAGAGCAGGCACCUGAGUCCCAAACCAUAUGAGCGCCAACGGGCACCCAUCGGCGACGACAGUGGUUCAUCAGACGAUGAACUCCGUGUGCCUCCGCGCAUCCCCCAUGUAAUAAAGAAUUUAUCUUACUCUGUGAAAUGUGCAAAAUCACAGCUCAAGAAGUCUUGCCCGAACUUGGAUCCGGGAGUUGACCACCAAGAGCCUGAGAGCCAAGAGACCUUGGAGAACGGCCUGAGAUUUAUUUCUAUUCAGAUUGUCACGCAAGCCAUCAUCGCGCAGCAAGCUAAGCGGGAAUGGCAGCACGUCCUUGCCCUGGCAACUGCUUGGGAAGUGGAGGCAGAUGUUCAACACGCUACGUUGUCUCAACUGGUCCUCCAGCAGGAUGCUAUCAGAUAUGCUCGUACCAGCGCGGAGAUCAAAUUCCUCCAAGAUCUUUUGAGCCGAAGGAAUGAGAUGGGGCGCGAAGUUGACAUAGACGCAAAGAAGAAACGUUAUCAGCGUGAAAUAACGGCAUUCCUCACUGCUGAUUCGCAGCUUGAUCAGGCCGAGGGUCUUGCGUGUGACUUGUGUCAGCCCGAGAAUCAUGUGCCUGGUAAUAAUAACACGAUGGAGGGCAAGGCCUUCGAGUGCGAGUUGAAGGACAGGUUGGCCUUGAACUCCGAGCCUGAGUUUGACAACUGA